AUGCUUUUUAUUCAAACUACACAAAAGUCAAUGCGAAAUGCAAUUCGUGGUAAUUUCCUAAAGUGGAGAAACGGCAAAAUUCCGUACGUAUUGUCCAACGAUUACAGCGAAGAGAGCCGUACGUUAAUCGCGCGGGUGUUUGAAGAGUUUCACAACAAGACUUGCGUCCGAUUUGUGCCCAAACGAUGGUUUCACUUCAAUUACCUGCAUCUGACGCCGGGUGUCGGGUGCGCGUCGCUCGUGGGUCGAGUGGGCGGCCAACAGGCGGUCACAUUGGGUGAGGGGUGUCUAACGUUGGGCAUCAUUGAGCACGAGUUGUUGCACUCGAUCGGCUUCUGGCACGAGCAGAGCCGCGCCGAUAGAGACGACUUCGUCCGCAUUAAUUGGGAUAACGUGGAGAAGGGAAUGGAAGGCAAUUUCGUCAAGUUCUCCUGGAAUGACAUCCAAUCCUUAGGAGUUGAAUAUGAUUAUGCAUCUGUUAUGCAUUACGGCACACAUGCGUUUGCAAAAGGAUUUGGCGCCACAUUAAGUGCCGUCAAAGAUGUGCCACAAGGAGUCAAAAUCGGACAGAGAAUAGCUAUGAGUGAAAAGGAUAUCAAAAAGAUUAACAAUUUGUACGAUUGCAACAAAGAUGUCAGAAAUGAUAACAUUAUUUCAGCGCUUCUCAGACUUAUCAUUGAUAUCAAGAAUAUGUUAUGA